AUGGCCCGAGGAGGCGAGGGCUUUGGUUUGUACUUUGACCACGGCAGCGAGCUGUUCGGCAGCACCUCAGGCGGCUACAUGUUCGCCAGCUCGGCGUUCCCGCGCCGGCCGGGCGACCGGGCGCGCCUGCUGAGCCCCCAGCUGUCCGCCGGCCAGCCGCGCUGUUUCCGUUUCUGGCUGUACCUGUUCGGCCCGGGCGUGGGCACGCUGCGCGUCCUGCUGCUGGCUGGCGACCGGCGGCAGGAGCUGUGGCGGCUCUCCGGGCCGGCUGGUCAGCAGUGGCACCAGGGACUGGUCACUGUCUCGGCAGAGGCCGGCACCUUCAGGCUGGCGCUGGAGGCGGAGCUGGGCACGGAGCGGCUCGGCGACAUCGCCGUCGAUGACGUCUCGCUGGAGAGCGGCAUUUGUCCGGCGGCCCCGCAGACGGCCGCGCCCUGGUCUUCGGGCUGCACGUUCGAGGUGGACACGUGCGGUUGGGCCGGUGUCGAGGGCGACCGCGGCCUCUGGGAGCGGGUGGUGGCCGCGGCCACGGACGGCGUCCCAGCCACCGACCACACGACCGGCCGGCCCGGCGGCGGCCUGGUGCGUCUGGGGCCGGCCGACCCGCCGCCGCCCGGCCACAUGGCGCGCCUCCUCUCCCCGCGGCUCGACCGGCCCGACGGCGCCGCCACCGACGCGUGCCUUACGUUCAGGUGGGUCCGCUGA